AUGACAUUCCGGCAGUACGUAUACCCACUGACUGCCAUGUGGCUGAUCUCAUGGCUAGUGGUAAUUGUAAGUGGUUCAGUCCUCUACUACGUUGAGAGGGAUUCGGUGGGCACAAAACUCACAAGCCUGCCCAUCACACUGUACUGGGGUACCAUCACGUGGUCAAGUAUAG